CGUGGCCUAAGGGCGUAAAGUUCCGACCACCUUCCCUCACGGGAUUAAGAGUCUGGAGGAGAGCCGGGCUACUUAGGAUCCCUCCCCAGAGCCUGGCUCCAAGUUGCUAGGGACGCCGCGCCCUUAGUAACCAUGAUAGAGAAUGAGGAAGGGGUAUCGACCGUGGACAAUAUAGUCUCACAGUUUAACACUUACGAAGAUUUUCUGGACUCGCAGAUUACCACACUGGACCUCUAUUAUCUGGAGGAUGAAGACCUGGCCCGCCAGCUGGUGGAGCUGGGCUAUAGAGGAACUGGAGAAGUAGUGAGAAGGGAAGACUUUGAAGCAAGGAAGGCAGCUAUUGAGAUAGCAAGACUUGCAGAAAGGAGUCAGAAAAAGGCACUAGCUAGUGCAGGCAAAGAACUGAGAGACAAUUUUUUGAAAGCACUAGCACAAAGGGAGGAUGACAACCGUACUGGAAAAGUAACUUCUAUAAUCUUCAUUCGUGAUCGAAAUGCACACGGUCAGGAGCUAUCUGGUUAUAUUGACUACGCACACAGGCUUAAGAUGGAAGAUUUCGAAGUCUACUUCACUGGGAAAAGAAAACUGCUUCCAAGGCCCACUGAUUUGAGCUUUUACAACUGGGAUAGCCACGUUGCUAUUUUGAACUCAAGUCCUAAUUAUCAAGUGAUUGCUGAAAACUGUGAUGGUUUGCUCUUCAAAUACAAGAGAGAUAGGAAGAUUAUCAAUGUAGAUCCAAAGGUUCACCCAGGGGAUAACACUACCAGGACUCCUAUCCAAACGGACCUCUACCUGCAAGUUGUCAUCUAUGACCAUGUUUCUCGAAGAAAGACUUAAACAUCAACAUACUGGGUCAUUUUCUGUUUCCUUGCAAUAAGUUUAAAUCACAAGACUUGUAGCUAUGAGGCAAAUAAAGACAUUUGAAGAGA